ACAUUAUCUGGCAACCGGAGUGGCAGCGGACAGAAGAGAGGGGAUCCCCGGGAUUUUUACACCGAAGCCAGCGAAAUACUGACAUCAAACAUCUGAAAAUCGCGGGGGGAACUCGGUCAGGCUCCUCCUAGACUUCGGUGAGAGCAGCCAUGUCAGAGGAGGCAGUGCGUCAAACGCGCAGCCAGAAGCGGGCUCUGGAGAGGGACCAUGCACCUCUUGCCGAGCCCCUGGAGGACUUGGACAGUAAACGUGUCAAGCUGGAGAAAGGUGAUGCAACUGGAGGUCCCCUGGCCAUGGUGGGAUCUGGAGGCGAGGGCGUCAGGCUGAGGAGUGAGCAGGCUGCAAAGGUAGCAGCCAGCAUCCUGAAAUCUGGGGAAGUGAAGGCAACUAUCAAGGUGGAGGUGCAGACUGGAGACGAGCCUGUUGACAUGAGCACAUCCAAAAGUGACAUUAAGAAUGAGCGGCAGCCGCCAUCGCCAGAUGAUGUGAUUGUGUUGUCAGACAAUGAGCCAUCCAGCCCUCUCAUGAAUGGACACUGCUUUACAAAGACUGACACAGAAAAACUUAUGAAGAGUUCUCCUGAGGAGAGGGAGCGCAUCAUCAAACAGCUGAAGGAGGAACUGAGACUCCAAGAGGCCAAGCUGGUGCUGCUGAAGAAACUAAGACAGAGCCAGAUCCAGAAGGAGAGCACUGUGCAGAAGGCAACUGGCUCUGUAGCUACUCCCCCUCCUCUGGUGAGAGGUAGCAUCACAUCAAGCAAAGGACCCCUCCAGGUGACAGGUCGAAGCUCAGGCACGGUGAUCCCUCCUCCGUUGGUGCGGGGUGGGCAACACGUCCCGUCCAAACACAACUCUCAGAUUGUCAUGCCACCCCUGGUCAGAGGGGCCCAGCCUAUUGCUGUGACUCCCCAGCAGAUAGCCAGUCUACGCCAUCAACAGCAGCAGCACAGCGGUUCAGGACCCCCUCCACUCUUGCUGGCUCCCAGGGCUUCUGUGCCCAAUGUCCAGGUCCAGGGCCAGAGGAUCAUUCAGCAGGGACUCAUUCGGGUGGCUAAUGUGGCCAACAGUAACGUCAUGGUCAACAUCCCUCAGGCCUCUCCAACCAGCCUAAAAGGCUCUUCAGCAUCACCCAACUCUAGCAUCAAUGAUUCCCCAGCCAGCCGGCAGGCAGCUGCUAAGCUCGCACUGCGUAAGCAGUUGGAGAAGACACUGCUGGAGAUCCCUCCACCUAAACCUCCUGCCCCUGAGUUCAACUUCCUGCCUUCAGCAGCCAAUAAUGAGUUCAUCUACUUGUUGGGGCUGGAGGAGGUGGUGCAGAAACUUCUGGAGAUGCACGGCAGGGGUAAUCUGGGCCCAGCUGCUGCCCUUGCCAGCACCAUUCCCAAAGAGCCAUACACCUGUGCCCAGUGUAAGACGGACUUUACCUCCCGUUGGAGAAAGGAGAAGGCUGGGACCAUCCUCUGUGACCAAUGCAUGUCGUCCAAUCAGAAGAAGGCCCUGAAGGCUGAGCACACCAAUCGGCUGAAGGCAGCCUUUGUUAAGGCACUCCAACAGGAGCAAGAGAUUGAGCAGCGUAUCCUCCAGCAGGCGGCCUCCUCUUCAUCUUCCUCUAAAACCACCUCCUCUCCCUCACUGUCCAAGAGUGAGGUGCUGGUGUCCCAGCAGUACAAGCAUGUCAGGGCUGCUAUGCAGCACAGACCUGUGGCUGCCCACCACUCCAUUAAACAGAGUCAUCUGUCACACAACAUCCAGUCAGUGGGCUCCCGUGCUAUGGCCCACGCAUUCACUUCCUCCUCUCAGCUGCAGAGUGCGAUGACGGCAGCGGCACUGAGCAGCAGGGCAGGUAAGCACGCUGCAGCACGCCCGCUGCAGCAGGGGGCAAAGGUCAGCGCCAGCAGCAGUAACCAGGGCAACGUGGCUGCCUGGAAGAAGCAGAGCGGUGGCACUACAGGUGUGACUAUGGCCUAUGUGAACCCAAGCUUGUCUGCCCAUAAGACCACCUCUGCUGUCGAGCGUCAGCGAGAGUACCUGCUGGACAUGAUUCCCUCCCGUUCUAUCUCCCAAGCAGCCAACACAUGGAAAUAAUGCAAUCUUGCUCCCUACUGACGUCAUAACUAUUACCCUCUUAAUAUCAAUAACAGCCAUUCUCAUGAUCAUUCUAAUCCUUUCUAUGGGCUCCACCUCUGGCCAAAACAGUGCAGGGGAGAAUCUGCCUAGUCUUUUGUUGGAUAGAGGUGUUCCCUCAGCUCUUCCUCAGAUAUUUCUGCUACCAUCUUCCUUAUCCAAGUCCCUCAUCCCAAAGUGGAGUUGUGCAGCGACAGCUUGAGCUUCUGAGAUAAUUCGGGUACCCUUUUUUUUGUGAGGGUUGGGGUUUACAUGGGCGUGUACAAUUUUACAAACUUCUCCAGCGAUGUUGCCUCUCCCUCCCUGUAUAUUGGUUGAACCUCUCUGUCGCACCAAGAGGAAAAAUCUCCAAGCUCUCCCUGCCUCUGGAUUAGGCUGGGGGAAAAAAUAAUAAUCACUAUUACACACCAUUAAAAUCUUCGCCUUACGUCCUACCCUUCUCCAGUCUGAGCCAGUCAGACUCAGGCCCACGUUUUGGCCGAACCGAACUUAACUGAAGACCUCGCCACAGGGAUUGUGGGUCGAGCUUCGAGGACCAUCCACAAAAUAAUAACUGCUUCAGCUUUGCAAAAAUGAAUAAAAUGGAAAAAAAGGACUGUAAAAAUGAUCUCUAUCUGCACACAGACUUUCUCUUCUCUCUAACCCCACGGCGCGUGUAGUAGAGAAGUUGAUGUGUGUUGGAUUAUUUUGUAUGGCUGAAUGUUAGGAUUUUGUCUUUUUCUUCUGUAAGUCAUAUACUGUGUUUGGAAUAUUGUGCUCCCUGAUACUUUGGAAGUGGCCUCUUGUCGAGGUCUGAAUUUACAGGCUAAUGUUACUGUUGAGGUGGUUUUACAUCUGCUGGGUUCCAUGUUGUGGCCUACUUUUAAAUACUUUGUUUUUUCUAAGACAAAGAGGAAGAAUAAAGAUUAAGGUUUCACUAACUCCUGUAAGGACACUGAGCAUAUGUUUGGAGGACUAUUCGUAUUGAAUAUUGUAAAAAAAAAAGAAAAAAAAAAAAGAAAGAAAAACCUUCCAAAGAACUAGUGGAGCCCAAAUGGAAUCCCUUCUGCUAGAAGGUGUCUAGUUUAUUUGAACCCUCUCUGGAUAUAAACAUGAAUUCAUGCUAGACUGAGGGGGUGUAAGGAAUGUCAUAUUUUUGACAUUGUUUUUGCUUUUAGUCAUAGGUUGUGGUGCAUUAUUUUUUUUCUUCUAUAGACAAACUGUCUCUGGGUUUAUUUAUAGGGUCAUGUUAGUAAAGAUAUAUGCUUAUGCCCUAAGUUUGAAUGGAUCUCCACUUAAAAAUGAUUUGUUUUCUCUUGUGUGUCCAGUGGCUCCCACUCACCUUGCGAUUGGUCUUAGAGAAGCUGGACAGCUUUCAGAAUGUAGUUAUGCAAAAACCCCUAUAGCAACAAAUGACAUGAACUUCUUAGUCUUUAACAUUAAGGUGUGUAUGAUUUAUGUCGGGUCCUUGAAUUGAGCGAACUAUGCCUUUCACAUGAGCUAUAGUGCAUUUUUAUCAGGUUGCAGCAGCACAGGAUAAGCUAGUGAAGUACAAUAUGUCCUACAGUAACUCAUGGAGUUAUUUUAUUAACCAUAUGCUGUCUUUAAUUUCAGUCACUGGGGUGGUCCAGUUUCUUUAACCCUACCACAAGGGCUGGGUAUCGGUACUCCAUACCUUUGAGGUAUUGCCCGAAAUAACCCAAUACCAAGUAGUAUCGAAACGUCUCCAGUCAAAUGAUACCUGCUUUCGAUCCUUUCUGUGCAGCGAGGCUGAUGCCGGACCGUCCCAGCUUCCCGCCGGAUUAGCAGACUUUCUGUUGCUGCCAUCUCAGGAGCCUCGACAAAUACAUAGUUCAGCUUCUGCCCCGUUAGCCAGAGCUAACACAGCAGUGGAUAACAUGCUACACCGAGCUGUCACGUGGUCCUAGCAAACACUCUGUCUCCAUAGCCCUGGCAAAUACAUAUUUCAACUUAUGCCCUGUUAGUCUGAGCUAACGCAGCAGUGGCUAACAUCCUACACCGAGCCGCUGAGAGGUCCCACGUGGGGCCUUUCUUUUGCUGCCGUCUUUGUAGCGAUUCUCUUCAGUGAACAGUCAAUUAAACAGCUGGCCAGUUAGCACAAGCUAACAUAGGCAACAGGGGCUAACAUCCAACUCCGAGCCAUUAAACGGUCCCAGCAAACUUUCUGUUGCUGCUGUCUCUGGAGCUGCUCUCCUCUGCAAGUUGACUGUUCAGUGCUCAGUUCCUACGUGCUAACAUGGGCAGCAACAGCUAACAUCCAACUCCGAGUUAAACAUCUACUUGGUUUGUACGUGCUAACAUAGGCAGCAACGACUGACAUCCAACUCCGAGCCAUUAAAUUGUUCCAACAAACUUUCUGUUGCUGUCAUCUCUGGAGCCAUUCUCCUUGACAAACGGUCAAUUCAAUGUCUGCUCGGUUACGAUGUGCUAACAUGGGCAUCAGCGGCUAACAUCCAACUUGGAGCCAUUAAACAGUCCCAACAAAGUCUUACAGACACCAAAACGUCCCGACGCUGUUGUCAAAGCAUUACUAACCAUUGGGUAACAGAGUUGGCAGUUCAGCGCGCCGAGAUGCCACCAAAACAUUCGCGAUUAUUAUUCACAGCAUGGGUAUCGAAUGAUGUACUCUAUUGGUAUCGGGAUCAUUUUGAAACCAUACCUAGCCCUAUGUACCACUCAGCAAUAGCUUUACUCAGCCAUUUCUGUGGCCUCUCGGAAAGUGUCACUAAAUUGAAGAUUAAAAAUAUUAAAAUACUGAUGUGUUGAAUUAAAGCAGUAAAAAUAGGGUAAAUGUUUGUGCAUAUUUCAAAAUCUGGAUGUUUUGCGAGCAAUAUGUUAAAAAAAACUUAAAUCCAACUGACAAAAGAGGGUUGACCAUCCCAGCAGUUAUUUUCCCAGUAUCCUGUAUUUGUCAAUUUUUUAGUUGUUUUCAUAUUGAAACAAUAGUGAGGAUAAUCUCAUCACUAUGUAAUUACAAACCUGGUGUCUUGCUGCCCUGUAGCCUCAGUUUUGAUUUCAUAAUUCAUCCACGAGGUGAUGAUCUAAUGCAACGUUGUAAGGAUUUGUGUCCUGUAUCCUGACUCUUUAGCUCACUGAUUAUUAUCAGGAUCCGUACUGAACGAUGGUGCACUGCAUUAGGUAACUGGGCAUCAGUUGACGUUCAUCCCUCUGUACUGGGGUAUCAUCACUGUACGUUCGGGUUUCAUUUAGGAUGGUGCAACGACAGUGUGUACAUUGCUGAUAGAAAUACAAGCAUAUGAAAAGUUUAAUUUAAAUCGGUCAGGAUUUCUGUAUUUCUGUCUCAAAGUAGCAUCGGAAAUCUUCCAGGUUGUCUGUACAUUCCUGACAGGCAGAAGGUAGCAGACCGCGUCUUGUGGAUGCAAAAUAAGCAAUCUGGAAUGAGCCUAUCAUUUGUGCCCUGCUAAGUGUAACCCUGUGCUGUCCUGACUACUGCCUGCUGCUGUUUGACAACAAUAUCACCAUUCCGUUUGUUUGGGGUCGAAGCUCUGCGAAAUGCAGUGUGGCCCAAAUGGAAAAGAAAACAAUGUAUGAGAAGUAUUUGUUUUGUUUUGUUUUUGUUUUUUUGGAUUUUUUCUGCUCUAUCAAAUAAUAAUAAAACUAAUUUUAACCCCU